GUCAUUAGGGUUUUAACUUUUAAGAGAAGGGCAUCCACCAUGAUGACGCGGCGCAAGACACGAUCUUGUUCGAAGCCAAGGAAUGAAGAAGUAGUGAAGCCCGAACCGAUCCCGUUCGAUCUCGUAAUCGAGGUACUCUUGAGGUUGCCUGUGAGGUCUGUAGCGAGAUGUCGUAGCGUAUCGAAGCUAUGGAAUUCCACAUUAGAAGGUCCACAUUUCACCGAGUCGUUCUUUACCUUGUCUUCGUUUCGUCCGAAGAUCUUGUUCACAUGCCUAAAAGGGGAUGAAACGGUCUUCUUCUCAUCAUCACCAAAUCCUCAAGAUCUGUCUAUAGCCGCCAAUAUUCGUAUGAGUUUCCCAAUAAACUCUUCCUCUCAUAUUUGUCGUCCUGUUCGUGGCUGGUUAUGUGGUUUACAUCGAACUACAAAGGGCGCCACAGUUACUGUGCCAUUGGUAUGUAACCCUAGCACAGGGGAAUCCGUGCCCUUACCCACCUUGAAAACAAGGAGGAAGGUAGUGAUAACCUUUUUUGGGUAUGAUCCGAUCGUAAAAACUUUCAAAGCAUUGUGUAUGACACGGUCAUCGGUAGGAGGAGAAGACUCUCCUUCUGGAGAGCAUCAAGUUCUGACGUUAGGAACCGGGAAGACAAGUUCGUCAAGGGAAAUGAUAGAUUGUCACAUACUACAUCAUCCUGCUGUUGUGGAGGAAACCAAUGGCUUUUGUCAAUAUGAUGCGAUAUGCAUCAAUGGUGUUUUGUAUUACUUAGCCGUGGUGCACGAUGUCUUCGAGGGGCAUCCUGAUAUAGUAUGCUUUGAGUUUGAAUCUAAAAAAUUCAGUUAUAUUAAGAAAGCUGAUCAUAGCAUGGGAAUGUAUUCGGGAGGAUAUGGGCUUGAACCAACUCUAGUAAACUACAAGGGUAAAUUAGCUAAGCUUCAGCCGAGUUAUUCUAACGUCGACAGAAUAUGCAACGGUAUUCAACUCUUGGUUCUUGAAGACGCCGUGAAACACCAAUGGUCGAGUUAUAUCUAUAUUUUGCCUCCUCCGUGGAUGAAUUUAUAUGGAGACACCAAGUUAUGUUUUGUUGGAACCACUAGUAGAGGUGAAAUUGUGUUGUCGUCAAACACCAUCUCCCGCUUUUUCUACCUUCUCUACUACAGUCCCGAGAGGAACACUAUCCAGAUAGUAAAAGUCAAAGGAUUGGAAACCUUUAAGGGUCAUAAAGCUUACAUCUUUCUAGACCAUGUCGAGGAUGUGAAGCUUGUGCCAAAAAAGGCCGUAACAUAG